AGCAUCCCCGUGUAUUUGUUUCCAUAAUAGGAGACGUUGGGAUCCUCUUCAUGUUCAGUUUACCGACCGGGAUCACCGUGACCGUGGGACUACUGCUGCUGCUAUUCGCCUCGCCCCCUCUCUGUCCUGGCUCUGAUUGAUCAUGUCGGGUUUCAAUCUUCUCCAUCUAAUAAGCAAGAGUCAACCUGUAGCUCUGAAGGCCUGCAGUCUGCCUCCAGGAGCUCGCCGGGGUAAGAAAACAUGGCCACUGGCGUUCCCAAAAGAGGAGCUGAAGGAGCGACUGACCCCAAUGCAAUACCACGUGACCCAGGAGAGAGGCACCGAGAGUGCUUUCACCGGAGAGUUCACCUAUCAUAAAGACGAGGGGACGUACACCUGUGUGGUCUGUGGAGCGCCGCUCUUCAGCUCCAAAACUAAGUUUGAUUCUGGAUCAGGGUGGCCAUCUUUCUAUGACCUUCUGAAGGAAGAGUCUGUCUCAAAUUCUGAUGACUUCUCCUAUGGGAUGCACCGAGUAGAGACUACAUGCAGCCAGUGUGGCGCUCAUCUCGGUCACGUGUUUGAUGACGGACCUCGGCCAACAGGAAAACGCUACUGCAUUAAUUCCGCCUCCCUGGCCUUCCAGCCCAAAGACUCCUCCCCCGACCUGCCCCCUUCCUCCUCACCAUCAGGGGCAGACGGAGGAGCCAAAGGAGGAGGAGAGAAGACCGAGCUCUGAGAAACGGACCCCACUCAGAAGACAGCUAACAGAAUAGGGAAAGAGGAGGAGAAGGUGGAGUUCUGAGGAAGAGGAGGAGCCUAUAGCAGGACCAGGUGACCUCUGGUUGAUCACGUCACCUUUAGUCAGGACUGUGAUGAGGCUUUAAGCUGCAGUAGCAGACGUUGUCCACUAGGGGGCAUGAGUUUGUCAGGUGUUGAAUCAUUCAGAGGUUAAACACUGUGAGUAACGAGCUGUACAACACAAACAUUUCUAUUUCUAUGAUCACCUCUAUUUAUGAUAGACAGCAUUGAUGUUGUUCUUUAUGAAUAUUUAGAUGUAUUUUUGCAGUGAAAGGGUUAAAAUGAAGACUUUAACAGGAUUAUGAUAUCAAAUAAACGGUGGCCUUAAAGUUUAAUAAAUAUUUAAUAUGUAAACCUCCA